ACUAUAUUGGCUAUUUACAAACUACGGGGAACAUAUUUACUGUGACACGAGGGUCCGUGGAUCAGAUGAUUUCUUGACUUGGUGUCUGCGGUCUACCUGUUUGUGUUGAGUAAAGAGUGAGAUGGCAGUGCCAGUGGCCGGGGGUGUAGACCUUAGUCGGAAAUUUGUGUCAGAGGCCGAGAUCGAGGAGAAGAGGAAGCUGAGACAGGAGGAAUGGGAAAAGGUUAGGAAGCCUGAGGAUCCAGAAGAGGUGCCUGAGGAAGAGUAUGAUGGGCGUACCCUCUAUGAACGGCUACAGGAGCAGAAAGACAAGAAGCAGGAAGAGUAUGAAGAGCAGUUUAAAUUCAAAAACAUGGUAAAAGGCCUGGAUGAGGAUGAGUCUCACUUCUUGGACGAGGUCUCCAGGCAACAGAGUCUGGUGGAGAAACAACGUAGAGACGAGGAGCUGCAUGAGCUAAAAGAGUAUAGAAGUGCUCUGAAGAAGCUGGCGUCCACUGAGAGUCGUAAGGAGCCGGAGAGAAGGACUGGCGCCAAACCAGCAGAGGUCAAGACCAGUCACCUGUCCCAGGCACACUUGUUGGCCGGGGCAGUAAAGCGACGCAGCUCUUCACAGUCCUCAGACAGUAGCAAGAAACAGAAGGUCGAAGAGCCAGGCGCUGGAAACGGGAGCCGGACAGAGCAGGAGGCGGGCGGAGGCGCGGGUGAGCAGGGCUCCGCGGUAAAGACAACAGGCGUCCUCCACCUCCCCUCAGCUGCCGUGUGUGUGGGCAUCCUGCCGGGCCUGGGAGCCUACUCCGGCAGCAGCGACUCUGAGUCCAGCAGCGACAGCGAAGUUUAAAUCCCUGGCAGCCUAACCUGAGGACAUCCCCCUGCAGCUGCAGCUGUGCUAUUGGUCAAGGGGAACAGUGAUUGACAGCUGUGGAUCAAGGACAAGACUGCUAGAUUGUCACAUCACAUUUAUACCGUACCUUAGAUAUCAUCAAGAAAGCAAGCCAGAGCUUUUUGGGCCGUCUCAGGUGCAAUGUGGUCAUGUGUUUCCCUUUAUUUCUGUCCUGUUUCUGUUGGAUGAAUCCGCGCAAACAAUGCUGGAUUUUAAUGGACUUCUUUUCAUGGAAAUCUGUGUUUGAUGGUUGGAAGGUCAAGGCUUGGGAAGAAGGAAAUAAAGUUAUAUUUGGUUCGUCUGUUAGUUGUAUUUCCUGUACGGAGUUUGUGUACAUGAGUGCAUGAAUGAAUGUCAAAUAAUAAAUGGAAUGAAAUGGCUCCAGUUUUAAUAAAAUGGAAGUGACUUCUG